AUGGAUGAUUGCGAAGAUCUGAGCUACUAUAUUUCCAGUCUGGGUCCUGCUCCACCUUGGUGUUCAUUCUUGGAUAACCUGACCGAAGAAAUCGAAUCGGAGACUGUGCAGAACAUCUACGAUGAUUACAAGUUCAUCACAAAACAGGAACUGGCUGAUUUAGGACUGAAUCAACUAGAAGGAACUAACAUGUUACGAGCGUAUAUGCACGGCUACUUCAUAGACAUCCGGUUGUAUAAUAAAGCAAAGGCACUCGCGGAUCCGUUUGCCUUCGAGCGCUAUCGCAAGGAAAAGAUUGCCAAACAGAUCGAACUGUCCCGCCCGUCACGAUUGCGGCUUAAAUCGAAGCUACCGAAAGAUAAUGCUGAUUUGGCAGAAAAACUACUCACUGAACAGGAAUUGGGUAGUGGAAAGCUGAAAUCAGCAGCAAGUGAUUUGCUGACCGACGAUCGAUUCAAGAGUAUGUUCGACAAUCCCGACUUUGAGAUCGACAAAACGGCCCACGCGUACCGAUUGCUAAAUCCGAUGCUUGCCCGUUUGGAUAAGGUUCACUCGAAAAAGCUUAAGGCGCGAGAGGAAGCCGCCGCUGCAUCAGCAGAGAGGCAAACAGAUAGUGAAGGCGGUAGUAUGGACGAGGACUUGUUCAGCGAGAAAGACGAAAGUUCAGAUGAUGAUCAAGCUUGGACGAAGGAAGUCUAG